CAACUGUGGCGGACGGUAACUACACCUCACACAUCAGGAGCUAACUAAGCUCAGGCUAGGCUAACUAGCUGCUACACAGUGACAUGUAGUCAGCUUCACACUCAGUCUCAAUGAAGGAGCUCCCAGAGUGAUUGGGACAUGGAGUUAAGAAAGAUCAAGGACCAGUCUCCUUUGGUCCAGGCUAUAUUCAGCCGUAAUGCAGAAGAAGUGACAUUUUUGUUGAACCAUAAUGAAGAUGUCAAUUCACUGGACCAAGACCAAAGCACACCACUUCAUGCUGCUGCUUAUUUGGGUGAUGUCCACACGAUGGACCUACUUAUUACUUCAGCUAAAAUAUGUCAGAGUGCGAAUGUCAACGCCAAGGACCAGGGUUCACUGACUCCUUUGCAUCGAGCAGCUGCCUCUCGAAAUGAAAAAGCCGUUGAGCUGCUACUAAAGCACAAAGCAAAGGUCAACGCACAGGACAAAUACGGGCAUACACCUUUACACAUGGCAGCUGCAAAGUGGGCCACGAGCUGCGCUGAAGCUCUGAUACCACAUGUGCGCAGCCUGGAUGUUGCCGACAGGUCAGGAAGGACACCACUGCAUCAUGCAGCGCACAGCGGUCAUGGAGAGAUGGUGAACUUGCUCCUGAGAAAAGGGGCCAAUGUGAGUGCCAAAGAUGAGAAAGAAAGGCAGGCAAUCCACUGGGCUGCAUACCUUGGACAUGUGGAGGUCUUGAAGCUGCUGGUGUCUCACAGUGCUGAUGUGAUGUGCAAAGACAAAUGUGGUUACACUCCGCUCCACGCUGCAGCUGUCAGUGGACAGUUAGACGUGGUCAAAUAUCUAUUGAAGCUGGUGGUGGAGAUUGAUGAACCUAACAGUUUUGGGAGCACAGCGCUCCACAUGGCCUGUCACAUGGGUCAGGACGCUGUGGCCACUGAGCUGGUGAACUGUGGUGCCAACAUCAAUCAGCCCAAUCACCACGGCAGCAUGCCGCUGCACCUGUCCGCCGCCUCCUCCAGCGGGGUGUUGUGUCUCGAGCUGCUCAUCAACAAUGGUGCUGAUGUCAACGUGCAGAAUAAAGAAGGGAAGAGCCCUCUUCAUGUUGCUGCUAUGUACGGGCGCUUCACGGGCUCCCAGAUUCUGAUCCAAAAUGGGGGGGAGAUUGACUGUGCUGAUAUGUUUGGAAACACUCCUCUUCAUGUUGCUGCCAGAUAUGGUCAGGAGCUGCUGAUCAGCACUCUGCUUACAAACGGUGCUGAUAAGACCAGACAGGGGAUUCAUGGGAUGCUUCCACUGCAUUUGGCGGUGCUCUACGGAUUUCCAGACUGUUGUCGAAAGUUACUGUCAAAUGGCCAGUUUUACAUCAUGCCGUCUCAGGUGCCGUCAGCUGGGGAUGAUAUAAACAUUUUAGACGACAACGGAAGGACCUGUCUGCAUGCAGCUGCCUCUGGAGGAAAUGUAGAUUGUCUGAACUUGCUGUUGAAUAGUGCCGCUGCUAAGCUGGAUGCUAAGGAUCAUUUGGGAAGAUCUCCUUUGCACUAUGCUGCAGCUAACGGGCACAGCCAAUGCACAAUCUCCCUGGUGAGAGCUGGAGCUGAGGUCAAUGAGCUGGAUCUGACAGGCUGCAGCCCUCUGCACUAUGCUGCUGCUUCACACACCUUUUGUGGGGAAACAAACUCUGAGCCCGACCACUGUGAUGAAAAGCAACAGGAAGCCUCUCUGUGUUUAGACUUCUUGCUUGACAACGGAGCAAACCCAACACUGAAGAACAGUAAGGGUUACAGCGCCGUCCACUAUGCAGCAGCUUAUGGGAACAAACAGCAUCUUGAACUGCUCCUGGAGAUCUCGUUCAACUGUCUAGAAGAAGUUGAAAGUAAUAUUCCAGUCAGUCCUUUGCACUUAGCUGCGUAUUAUGGUCACUGUGAGGCAUUGCGUUUGCUUUGUGAGACAUUAGUGAGCCUGGAUGUGCGGGACAUUGAGGGCAGAACUGCCCUCCACCUGGCUGCUCAGAAGGGUUUUGCCACAUGUGUGGAGGUGCUUCUGAAGCAUCAAGCUUCCUACACACUGAAGGAGCAAAAGCACAAGUGGACGGCUCUCCAUGCUGCAGCUGCUGAGGGCCAAAUGGACUGUCUGCUUUUAUUGGUCAGCGGGGAACAAAGUGCCGACAUCAUCGACAGUCCAGAUACACAGGGACAGACAGCUCUCAUGCUGGCAGCUCUUGGACGUCACACAGACUGUGUCCACAUCCUGUUGGAGAAAGGAGCAAAGGCAGAUGCUGCAGACAAAAAGGGCUUCACGGCAUUACACAGAGCUGCCACGUUGGGCAGUGAGGACUGUGUAUCUGCUCUGUUGGAACAUGGGGCCUCUGCUCUGUGUAGAGAUUCUCAGGGAAGGACCCCACUGCACCUCGUAGCGUCCCGUGGACACACAGAGCUACUUCGAACUUUGCUAAAGGCUGCUAUGAAAGCUGACCCUCUAGACUCCAUAUUGGACUACAGAGGCUACACACCCACCCACUGGGCUGCCCACCACGGGCGUGAAGGAUGUUUACACAUUUUACUUGAACACAAACUUUUUAGCAACCAGGAGGGAAAUCUCUUCACCGCAUUGCACUGUGCUCUAGUAAAUGGACAUGAUGUUGCUGCUGGACUUCUAGUGAAGACUGUCGGUCCUAAACUUGUUAAAGUUAGCGAUGCCAAAGGAAGGACAGCGCUGCAUGCAGCUGCUUAUUCAGGAAAUGUUGCUGGGCUCCAGCUGGUCCUGGCUCAGGGAGCAGAAGUCAAUGCUGUGGAUCAUUGUGGAUGCUCUGCUUUGAUGGUUGCUGCUGACUGUGGACAGACUAUGGCUGUUGAGUUCUUGCUCCACAAUGCGAAGCCUGACCUGACCCUGGUGGAUGUCAAUAAUAACACUGCCCUUCACUUAGCCUGCAGCAAGGGUCAUGAGAUGUGUGCCCUGUUGAUCCUCGGGGAAAUCAACGACUGCUCCCUCAUAAAUGCAACAAACAGCGCUCUCCAAAUGCCCCUUCACAUUGCAGCAAGGAAAGGCCUGGCAACUGUAGUGCAGGUGUUAUUGAGCAGAGGAGCUGCAGUCAUGGCUGUAGAUGAGGAAGGCCACACUCCUGCUCUGGCCUGUGCCCCCAACAAGAACGUGGCAGACUGCCUGGCGCUGAUCCUCUCCACCAUGAAGCCUUUCCCACCCAAAGAGGCGGGUGCCGGUACGGCCUCCCACUUCAACCCAAUUCUCAAGAACUACAGCAUUGCAGCCUCAUGUGGGUCCAGCGGUAACUUGUGUCACGCCUAAGUCAAGGUCCCGCACUCAAGGGCUCCCACUCAGGCACUGUGGUCCUGUAUGGGUGUAGCCCAAAGUGUCCAUACAUGCCUAACCACACAUACAAGUCUUCAGGAACAUGUGUGGCCAAGCAUAGCUAUUUGUGUGUGGUGACAUUUAUGUGUCAUAUGCAGCUGCAUGCACACCAUGUGCUUAUGCACCGGUAGCAUAGAGGGCUUCUUUGAAAUAUAGUUUUACACACUAUUAAUAUUAGCAGGCCUCUUAGAUUAUUUUCUCUGUCAUGAGUUGAGUUUAGCACACAUAUAGUUAUUUUAAUGAAGUAAUUUACCAUGAGCACAAUACACAAGCCUCUCCACUUGAACCCGUCCGCUGUCAGUAUUGGCUUAAUUUCUCAUUAACCAACAAAGCCUAAAAUCUCCAUGUUUGUGGAGUGCAAGAAUAAUCGGAUGAUUGAGUGUUUGUUUUACGUAUGUGUGUGUCUGUAAGAGCUAUUUUGCAUAGUAGACAUUGCUUCUUAAUAUACUUGUUUUAAAAAUAUCUAACAGGUGCUUUAAACCUUUUAUGCAAUUAAUAAGACUCUAUUUUUCUAUCCUGUCCAGAGUGCAGCAGACAGUUCACGGAUAUAAAUAACCUUAUUAUUCUAAUAUGAUCAUGAUUUAAACUAUGUUACAUUUCAGUUAAGUAAAGUCACAAGCAUGUGUAUAGUAGUAGUUUUAUAGUUUACAGAGUCUAGUAUAUAUGUAUAAAGUUCUUGAAAUAGAGUUAAAAUUUUACGUGUAUUAUCUUGAAGAUCCCAAAUGAUUGAGAAUCAACCUCAGGUCACUACGUACUGUACUGUGGGUGCAAUAAAAAGUACAUUUUGAGCUGCAUGUUCCAUUACAAAUAUAUUACAGUAGUAUCAUAUUUCAGUUACAUGAGCUAGAGAAUAAAAAAACAACUGAAAGGACAAAUAAAUAAAUAUAAUAUGUGUUGAUAUGAACCGUUUCCAAGCAUGGAAAAAAAAUCUUUCAGUCUCUGAGCAAAUCUGUCUUUUCACUAUAUCUGCAACUAAAGAUUAUUUUCAUUUUUGAUUAAUAGGUUAAUUAUAAUCUUCUAUAUCAAUAAUUAAGAGCACAUUGCAAGUUUCAAGAGCCCAAGCUGAUGUAUUUAAAGUGCUUGUUUUUUCUGAUCAGCAAACUAAAACCCAAAGAUAUUUAAUUUACACAGCAAAUCCCUCAUGGUUCAGAAGCUGAAUCCAGAAAGUAUCAAAUUACAUUUUUGCUUGAUGAAUUAGUAAAAUUUUAAUUAUUGAAUGGUCAAUUAAUUUUCAGUUGAUCAACCAGUCAAUUGAUUGUUUCAAAGCCAAGUUUGACUUUUGUUGUCGCUAUAAUGUUGUCAUUGUGCAUUGAAAUGAAACGGCAGAAACCGCUCACAUCUAAUGCCACUAACAGUCUCUGUGAAACACUAGAAACUGAAAUGAUUGUGUGUCUAGUAAAUAUGUAACAUAAUUUAUGAAUAGAGAGAAGAAUUCAUCAUUUUUAAUUUCUUUAAAAAAUAAACACAAUGGUACAAAGAUGUCACUGCAUCUCUCUUUAAAGAUAAUGUUUUCAUAAAUGGAGGUUUGCAUUGAAUGUUUAUCUUUUUACAAUUUGAAAACUGUAUCCACACAUACUCUUUGAUAUUUUCCCCUUUAGCUAAUUGAUUAAUUUUGCCUAGCAAUAGGUGCUGUGUCAUCUUAAAAUGGCUUUAAACUAUUUGCACUCUGACAUGAAAGUUUACAUUUUACAGUAAGAUGUCCUUCUUAGGUUUAUGCAAAUAUAUUAAAUCUGAAAGUGCAUUUUACAAAUUUAGAAUCCAAUUCAGUUUGAAUGUGUCCUUACUUGUUUAAUUUGGAUGGAAUUACCGUGAGAAAAUGGUUUGACAUUUCUUAACAAAAGCUUCAGUGACAUUUUUUUAAUAAUGUUUGUCUUUAGGAAGUGCCCUGUUGCAGCUUUUCAUGUGAACAAACUGUGUGUAACUCCAAACUUGAAUACUCUGUGUGAUCUAGUUGUGGAUGGCCUUCACAGGAGAGAAAACCAAUAAAUC